GCUUUGAUUUCCCACCGCUAUUGCUAUAAUUGAAAUUCAAGACUUAGCACCAUGCAAGUUAAGAGCCUAGACCAAUUCAAAAUCCUUUCCCUUAUAUAAACAGAGCUAAAUUGUUCUAGGCAUCUCAUCCUCCUCUAGCAAACUAGCAAUCAGUAACUCCCUCAUUUGUAAUAGGAUCUCUUUCAAAAAUCUUCUGUCGAAAGAAGAAAGUUUACACAAAAAAGCAAAGACAUGGACAAAUUGCUGUGCAUGAUUGUCUUUGGUGCUUUAGCCGUCGCAAGUUUGGUGCAAGACACAACAGCCCAAACGGUGCAUGUGGUUGGGAACAACAUAGGUUGGACCAUACCGAACAAUGGCGCUGCAGCUUACACAAAUUGGGCUGCUGGAAAAACCUUCAGAAUUGGUGACACUCUAGUUUUCAAUUUUAUGACCGACUCGCAUGACGUGCUGCAAGUACAAAAAACUUCAUUCGAUGGGUGCAAUUCACAAAAUGCCAUAGGCAAUCCCAUAAUGGCAGGACCAGCGAAUGUGACUCUUGACUCUGCUGGAGAUCACUACUACAUUUGCACUUUUGGCCGGCAUUGCCAAAAUGGCCAGAAAUUAGCUAUUACAGUUUCUAGCACCGGUACUCCUGCAGGAGCCAACCCACCUACCCCGAGCAAUCCGACCACUCCAGUCGUUCCUUCACCAUCCUCUUCCACUCAACCGGGCGCUUGUGCACCUACACCAGCUGCUGCUGGACCUUCAAGUUCUACUCCUGGUGGUAGUGCUCCUCCUUCUCCUUCGUCCUCAACGAUCGUAUUGGCCAGUUUUCUGCUCAGUCUAUCCUCGAUUGCUUCAGCUACUUUUUUUUAAAUUGGACUAAUUGAGGAGUUUUUUGAAUUUCCCAUUUAUUAUAGUGAAGUUUAUACUACGAUAAAAAUAACCAUGUGAUGGAUCUAUUUUUAUUUUUUUAUUUACCGGCUUGUAUUGGAUUCAGUUUUGAUACAGUCGCUGAUUGUAUUUGUAAUAUUUUGUGAGUUUCAGUACAACUA